AUGAAGGCUUUGUUAGUGCUAGGAGUGGUUUGCCUGGCAACGGCAUGUGUCGCUCACGAGGCAGCUGAGGACCAAGCCGUAGCUGCCAGCCAUAAAAGCGGCGGUGGCGGCGGUGGCGGCGGUGGCGGCCAUCACCACGAGAGUGGCGGUGGCCACGACCACCAUGCCCAUCAUCACCACGAACACGGCGGCCACGGCCACAAGGGCCAUAAGGGGCAUCAUCACCACCACAAAGGCGACCACGGUCACUACGGCAAACACCAUCAUGGGGGACACCACCAUGCGCACGGUGGCGGUCACAAAAAGCACUGGGACGAACACGAUCACCACGGUGGACAUCACGAGCACGGGCAUCAUCACAAGGGAGGAAAGCACGGCCACAAGUCGCACCAUGAUAAAGGUGAACAUACCGAUGGGUACCACAAGAAGUACCACAAGGAUCACUUUCACAAGGACCACCACUUCCACGAUGGCCACCAUGAUGAGGGUAAGCACCACAAGCACGGCCAUCAUCACGGACAUCACGGGUCUCAUGGCGGCGGCCAUAAAAAGGGCGGUUCACACCACUCAGGCCACCACGAGGGUCACCAUGGCGAUCACGGGCACCACCACAAGGGGCAUCACGAUGAGGGCCACCACGGUCACAAAGGACACCACGGACACGAGGAACAUCAUCAUGGCCAUCACGACCAUGGCAAGAAGGGUGGUCAUGAUGAUCACAAGAGCUGGGGAUUCCAUCACGGCAAGCACUGA